AUGGCUUCGGAGCAGCACAAGCCGGCGUUAUGGGGCAACGGGCAGUACCAACACGUUAUGGGACUGCGGGCGCUACUGGUUGUUACUACUGGCAGGGCGGCUGUUCAUGCCGCAAAGAGUGUGAAGCCGGUUCCCUACCGAGGGAGGCGUAAGAGGCUCUUCAAAGCGUUUUACGACGUGCCGCUUUUGUUCGUCAUUAGGUGUGUGUGUGCCACUGUCAAGGUGGGGUUGCACAAGCUAAUUGGAAGUAAACCUACAUUCAUAGGUACCUCGCGGUUUGUACAGGCAAAAAUGUUGGCAAAAUUAAUUACCACACUGGCCACAACGGUACGGCGAGAAAAACGUGCCUCCUGUCCAUUCGCUGAAAUGGAUAUUACCUUCGCCAACCAGAAAAUUUCAGGGAGCGCCCAGGAUUACCGGGGAUUAAGCUGGAUUAACGCGACAUCAAUCUCGGACCUGAAAUCCGCACUGGAAAUAGGCCCUUAG